GACUAUGAAUGGAAUUUGGGCCCGGAGGCGUUCCUGCUUGCACGUCGGGCAGCUCCAGGACUUGCUUUAGCUCUGGGGAACCCGGGGUUGCCAGUGAGCAGGUCUUCCGGCCCCGCCCCCUCCGCACGCCAUGGACCUGCACUUCUUCGACUACGCGGAGCCCGGGAACUACUCGGACCUCCCGUGGCCGUGCAACAGCAGCGACUGCAUCACGGUGGACACGCUGCAGUGCGCCCCCAUGCCCAACAAGAGCGUCCUGCUGUACACGCUCUCCUUCGUCUACAUCUUCAUCUUCGUGGUGGGCACCAUCGCCAACUCCGUGGUGGUCUGGGUGAACAUCCAGGCCAAGACCACGGGCUACGACACGCACUGCUACAUCCUGAACCUGGCCGUCGCCGACCUGUGGGUGGUGGUCACCAUCCCGGUGUGGGUGGCCAGCAUCGUGCAGCACAACCAGUGGCCCAUGGGCGAGCUCUCCUGCAAGGUCACGCACCUCAUCUUCUCCAUCAACCUCUUCGGCAGCAUCUUCUUCCUCACGUGCAUGAGCGUGGACCGCUACCUCUCCAUCACCUACUUCACCGGCGCCUCCAGCGGCCGGAAGAAGACGGCGCGCCGGGUCGUGUGCGUCCUCGUGUGGUUGCUGGCCUUCUGCGUGUCGCUGCCGGACACCUACUACCUGAAGACCGUCACCUUCGCCUCCAACAACGAGACCUACUGCCGGUCCGUCUACCCGGAACACAGCACCAAGGAGUGGCUCGUCAGCAUGGAGCUCGUCUCCGUCAUCCUGGGCUUCGCCGUCCCUUUCUCCGUCAUCGCCGUCUUCUACUUCCUGCUGGCCAGGGCCCUCUCGGCGUCGGGCGACCAGGAGAAGCACAGCAGCCGGAAGAUCAUCUUCUCGUACGUGGUGGUGUUCCUGGUGUGCUGGCUGCCGUACCACGCGGUGGUGCUGCUGGACGUGUUCUCCAUGCUGCACUACCUCCCUUUCACCUGCCAGCUGGAGAACGCGCUCUUCACCGCCAUGCACGUCACGCAGUGCCUGUCGCUCGCGCACUGCUGCGUCAACCCCGUGCUCUACAGCUUCAUCAACCGCAACUACAGGUACGAGCUGAUGAAGGCCUUCAUCUUCAAGUACUCGGCCAAGACGGGACUCACCAAGCUCAUCCACGCCUCCCGGGCCUCAGACACGGAGUACUCCGUGCUGGAGCACAGCACCAAGUGACCGCCCCGCGGAGGCUCCCCCCCCCCCGCCCGGGGGGACACGCGUGAGCGCGUGGGGAACCCACGGGCAGCCGGGGU